GAAAAGAGAUUGGAGUGAGUCACCAAGACCAACCCCACGCCAUCCCCCGAGUCAGUUAUGGUCACACACACACACACACACACACACACACACACAUUCACUCACACUCAAGACCGAGUGAGACCCUGAGGUUAAUGUUACCAGGUCAGGUCAGUUCCAGUCCCAAUGAUCCAUCCUCGUGUCCCUCAGCCAGCCCGACCAGAAAAUAUCUACCGUGUAGAGCCGAAAUUCUCUUCCUUGGCAAAGCAAUAGAAAAUCCUGCGCUAUUGUCUCUUGCGCGUUCACGACUGGUCUAUCAUUGACGGAGCUUUUAAAAAUGGAAACCCCGGGAGAGACAUCGUGGAUCCUGGUGACACGUUCUAGACCCUCGUCCAGGGUUUCACUUUGAGUUUGGGUCUCAUUUCUUCUCUUCUACUUUUUCUACUGGGCC